AUGAGUAUGGAGGGGAAGAAAGCAGUCUCAACUCUCAUGCAUCGACUCAUGGAUGAUGGAGCUGCCCUUCACUUUGUUUGGAAGUCCAUAAAACACAUGGGGAAGCAGUCCCUUACUGAAAUGGGCAUCUCUGGCCUCAUAUCAAAACCCAUUGAGUGCAGUGGGAAAGCUGCUUCCAUGUCUCAACAGGAGAGAACCAUCUUUGUUGGCAACUGGCUUUGUCAGAAGGAACAAUGCACAAAUACACAGCUCCAGUUUCUCCAACCCCUCCUCAUCCAAUACAGGGAGCUGUGGACAGCUGAAUGGAGGCUCAGUAUGAGAUCCAAAAUCAAAUGGCUUUUUCUCAAUGACUUCAAGAAGGGAUUUCAGGAGCUUAUGAUUCUCUCUUGUAGUCUCAUGAAUGUGGACAAUCAAUUUGAUCAGUGGCUCUGGGCACCUAUUCAGACAUAA